UCUUGACGCCAUUUUGUGGUCUAUGGUAUUUGUGGAACCAGGAAAGUCAUUGAAACGAACGGGUCUGUAAUGAAACUCAAAUGUCCACGAAUUCCUUGGAUAUAUUAGUGGUGAAAUGAUUAAAAGACAGAGAUUUUCUAUCUGGGAACCGCUCCAAAAGAUAUUGAGUACUUUUUCUCUCAUGGAUAAGCUAGGAUAGAAAUUGUGCUUUAAUUUGGCAAGAAAAAAAUUACAAUAGUAUAUUUGGUAAUAUAUAAAUAAAACUAUAAAAUUGUAAUAUAAACCAAAGCAAUUUUCAUUUUCAUGCUCAUUUUCGAUGGGUGAAAUUCUAUUAUAUACAAAUGUGAGAGGAAAUUCUCAAUAAGUUGUGACGGGCUAUAGGCACAUAUGACACAGGCCUAAAGAUGUCAGCAGAAAAGAGGCUUAGGCGUCUUGAGGAAAUUUAUCUUAAAGGAGUAGCUAAAAGUAAUGGGUUGGCUGUUAGUAUUGAAACCCUUUUGGAUGCACUCUUGGUCCUCUAUGAUGAAUGUAACAGUGCAGCAUUAAGAAGAGAGAAAAAUAUUAGUGAAUUUGUUGAAUUUGCCCGCCCAAUUACAACAUAUAUUCGACAAAACAGACUUUUGCGUGAUGAUUUUGAAACUCUUAAAAUUAUUGGUCGAGGAGCUUUUGGAGAGGUUGCUGUUGUUAAAGAAAAGGCUUCUGAAAAUGUUUAUGCCAUGAAGAUUUUGAACAAAUGGGAGAUGCUGAAAAGAGCAGAGACAGCUUGUUUUAGAGAAGAAAGGGAUGUUUUAGUGUAUGGUGAUAGACGUUGGAUAACAAAUUUACAUUUUGCCUUUCAAGAUGACAAUUAUCUGUAUCUUGUCAUGGAUUACUACUGUGGUGGUGAUUUGCUCACCUUGCUGAGCAAGUUUGAAGAUCGCUUACCAGAGGAUAUGUGUAAAUUCUAUAUUGCUGAGAUGGUGCUGGCCAUCAACUCACUACAUGAACUACAUUAUGUACAUAGAGACAUCAAACCUGAUAAUGUACUCCUUGAUCGCAGUGGUCAUAUAGUCUUAGCAGACUUUGGGUCAUGUCUAAAGCUUAUGGAAGAUGGCACUGUACAAUCUUCGGUGGCAGUUGGGACACCUGAUUACAUUUCUCCUGAAAUUCUUAGAGCAAUGGAAGAUGGCCAUGGGCGCUAUGGUCCAGAGUGUGAUUGGUGGUCACUAGGUGUCUGCAUGUAUGAAAUGUUGUAUGGAGAAACACCUUUCUAUGCUGAGUCCUUGGUAGAAACUUAUGGGAAAAUAAUGAAUCAUCAGUCUCGCUUUGAGUUUCCAACUGAUGUAGAUGAUGUAUCAGGAGAAGCUCAAGAUUUGAUGCGACGGUUAAUUUGUACACCAAAUGAUCGUUUUGGUAAAAAUGGGUUGGAGGAUUUCAAGAAUCAUGUUUGGUUCACAUCUAUAGAUUGGAAUAAUAUUAGAGAUAUGGAUCCUCCUUUCAAACCAGAAGUUACCAGUGCUACAGAUACUUCUAACUUUGAUGUUGAAGAUAUGGAAUUUAAGCAUACGGACACUGUUCCACCUACCUCACAUGCAACAUUUAAAGGCCACCAUUUACCAUUUGUGGGAUUUACCUAUACAAAAGAAUCCAAACUGUCAGAUUUAGGUGUACUGUUGCCCGAUUCUAAAGGAGAGAAAGACAAAAAAGGGGAUGUACAGAUUGAACUCUUUGAAAGAAAAAUUAAAAGUUUAGAAAAGGACAACAAAGAUCUUAAUAAGAGAAUUCAAGAAUUAACUGGAACAAUAACGCAGCUUCAAAGUAUUGAGAACAGUGGCAUUGGUGCUGCAUCUGGUGCUGAUGAAGUGGAGGCACGGCAGUUGAAAGAAGAAGUAGCUGUUUUACAUCGAGUCAUAGCUGAGUCCCAAGGGGAUAUAAGUAAUUUAGAACUGGAGCUGAAACGAUCAAAUGAAAUCACUCUAGAUCAAGAAAGGCGCCUCAAACUAUUAGAAGAUGAAAAAACAUUAUUUGAAAAGGAACUUCAAGACUGGCGUGACAAAUAUAAAUCUCAGGCUAGGGAAUUAAAAGAUGCCCUCAACAAACAGAAAUUGGCUUUAGAACAGUACACAGAGCUAAAUGACCAGUUACUCAAAGCCCAGUCUAAAAGUAAAGAACUUUCAAGAGAAGUGCGAAACAAGGAAGAGGAGAUUGAAGAUCAGAGGCGAUUAGUUGAGACUUUGAAACAAGAGAAAAGGAAGGGUGAAAAAACAAUUAAUGAGCUUCAGAAUCAGUUGGAUGAAUCUAGGUCAGAAGCAAGUAAAGAGAAAAGAAUUAGGGAGCGAGCUGAACAGUAUACAGCAGAUUUAGAAAAUGAAAUGGAAAACAUUAAACGUAAACAAAGGGGUCGGACGGCUGAUGCCAACAUUGUUGAACUAAAUCAAGAAAUCUCUAAAUUAAAAGCAGAGUUGGAAAAGAAAGAAACUGAAAAUGAAGAGUUACUUUCUCGCAUGACAUCAAAACAUGCUUCAGAACUAAAAGAAUUUCAAUAUCAGUUGAUGGAAAAUGAAACCAAACGUUCUGAGCAGGCUUUAGAAAUUCAGAAGUUGCAGGCCAAACUGACAGAGCAGCUCAAUGCUAAAGAAUUACAGGAACAGCUGACACUUGCAAAGGGGCAAAUAGAAAUAGAUGAAAGUAAAAUCAAAAGUUUAAUAGAGGAAAAUGAAAAACUUACAGAAGAGUCUAUAGCACAAAACAAUCGUUAUGAAAGCUUGCUGAAGGACAAAAAUCAGAUGGAAGAAGAAAUCAAAGACAUUUGUGACAAGAAAGAAUCAGUGGCUCAAUGGGAAGCACAGAUCUCAGAAAUCAUAAAAUGGGUGAGUGAUGAAAAAGAUGCAAGGGGAUAUUUGCAGGCACUGGCUACCAAGAUGACAGAGGAACUUGAAAAUCUUAAAGUUAUGGGAGUUGGCGGAGAUGAUUCUACAAGACCAAGAUGGAGAAAUAGGCGCUCUGCCAAACUGGAUAGAAUGGAGUUACUAAAUCUUCAGUCCAAUUUACAGUCUGAACUAACAGCCAAGCAGCAGAUUAGUGAAGAAUUGUCACGAACCAAAGAUGAACUCACAACUGUUGAAAACAAAUAUCUGGAGAUUGCACGGGCCUAUGAUGAGCUUGUCAAGAAAAAUAAACUACUAGAAGAUGAAAUAUAUAACCUGAAAGAAAAAAGGGUUCAUGAAUGGGAUAACAACGAUGACAAUUCUUCAAUAUUCAAAUAUAUGAAUGACAGAUAUGCGCUGACCAAUGACAGUGAGAGAGAUGAAGAUAGUGAAGCAGACAACACAUCUAGGACAGACUCUCGUACAGAUUCACGCUCUGACUUGAGGGGUGGUAGUGAUUUGGAUUCAUCCCUCUCUCAAGGAGGAAUGAUCUACCACCAGCCUUAUGAGCCAAUUUUCUCUGGAAGUGGACCUAAAUCUGGAAGUCCAGAUCUCAAAUCAACAACACCAAGUUCACCUAAGUCUCCUCAUGCCAAAACUCAUAGAUUUAUUGUCAAGUCCUUCCAGUCUCCAUACAAAUGUAAUUGUUGCACCAGUUUACUGGUUGGUCUACAGAGGCAGGGCAUCACAUGUGAAGGCUGUGGUUAUUCCUGCCAUGUUAGUUGUAUGGACAAAUGUCCACAGCAGUGUCCAAUACCACCUGAAAUAGCCAAGCGGCCUUUCCAUGACAGUAAUAAAGGUCAAGGAACUUUAUUGGAAGGAUUUGUCAAAAUUCCCAGGCAAGGUGGGAUUAAAAAAGGCUGGAUGCGGGAAUAUUUGGUAGUCUGUGAUUUUAAAUUAUUUCUGUAUGAGGUUCCUGAGAACAAAACUACUCCCAGUCAUCUACUGCAGCAAGUGAUAGAUAUGAGAGAUGAAGAUUUCUCAGCCUCACCUGUUCUACCUAGUGAUGUUAUCCAUGCUAACAAAAAAGAUAUUCCAUGCAUUUUCAGAGUAACUACAUCAGAAAUGAAUCCUCCUGGUAACCCCUACACAAUUUUUUUAUUAUGUGAAAAUGAGAAAGAAAAGGACAAUUGGCUUGGAAUGCUCAACCAAUUGCAUAAAUUAUUAAGGAACAAACAAUUGGCAUCUAAAAAUGUGUACAGCGCUCAAGAAGUUUGUGAUAAUACUCUUCAAUUGGUCAAAGGGACACAAUGUGCUGCAAUUUUAGACUUUUCAAAAAUAAUUUUGGGUACAGAUGAAGGUCUUUAUGUUGUGGAUUUAUGUAAAGAUUAUGUCAUGAGAGUAGCAAGCAGGACAGAAAAAAAACAGGUUUAUCAGAUAGAGUUGAUUUCAGAACAACAGCUGGGAUUGAUAGCUUAUAUUAGUGGCAAACAGAAACACUUGAAACUCCUACAGCAAUCAGCCUUGGAAGGUCAUGAUAUGGAGCCUUUAAAACUGAAUGAGACUAAAGGCUGUCAUAUAUUUUGUCAUGGAGAAAUAAGGCAGCCUCAGGGAGGGAAUUCUUGCUGUCUUUGUGUUGCAAUCAAACGGACUGUGCAAGUCUAUGAAAUUAAUAAGACAAGGCAAAAGUACCGUAAAAUGAAAGACAUAUCGGUGCCUAGUCAAGUGGAAUGUAUAGAAAUGAUGAGUGAUAGACUGUGUGUUGGUUAUCCAUCAUGUUUUGCCAUCUAUAGUGUUCAAGGUGAUGCUGCUCCAAUGACCCUGGUCAACACAGAAGACAGCAGUUUAAGUUUCCUUGUGCAGAAUCCCAUUAGUGCAAUGUUAGCAGUACAACUGGAUGAGUCUGAAUAUCUGCUGGUUUUCAACAUUUUUGGUAUUUAUGUUGACAACAAAGGUAAUCGCAACAGAAACCAAGAAAUUUUAUGGCCUGCUCAACCAUUGUAUGUCAGUUACUCCAAACCUUAUCUUGCUUGCUUUUCGGAGAAUUCCAUUUUCAUAUUUGAUGUAGUAAGUGGUGAGUGGUUGCAAACCCUGUGCUUAAAAAAGACCAAGCCAUUGAAUAAAGAAGGAUCUCUGUGUAUGUUGAAUGCUGUAGAUUCUCAGCAUAUUGCUUACCUUAAAAAUAUUAAUGCAGAAGAAGACAAGUUGGCAGUGAUGGACAUUUUCAAACAAAAAAGCAGCAGAAAUAAAAGAAGAUUCUCAUUUAAAAAUCUUAAUGAUGAUAGAUCUUCUAAAGGCUCUCUCAUCUUCAACUUGCCUGAUCGACGCAGUCGAGAGAUAUCUGGGCCACUGACCUUCAGCCAUGUGGCUCAUGUUGGGCCUGGGCAGCUUAUGGCCCCAUCUCAGAAUCCCCCUCCACCUCUAAGUGACAGACGGUCACGUGUCAUCUCUUCUCCUUCCAAUUUUAGUCAUGUUGCACACAUGGGUCCAGAUCAAGGCCAUCAAGUAUUGAUAGAUCUACCUAAGACAGGGGGAGCUGCCAGUAGUGAUGAAAUGGCAAGAGUUAAAAGUAUGUUCCAGCCACAGCUGAAGUCUAUACUUGAGAGUAGAUCUCAGAGACCAACAAGUUCACACUUCAAUGGUAAUGUAAGCAGCAGAGGAAGUGAAAGUUCUCGCCCAGGCCGAGGCAGAGAUAAUCGAUCAUUGCCAUUAAACAUCUCUGGCAGGUCCAAUGAUGGGACUCAGUCACUACAACAAGAACCUAGUAGUUUAGAAAGGGAAAUAUCUUCACAGAUUUUUGAAGACAGUGUGGAUACUGGUAGCCACUGGAGACAUUCCUCCUUGUCUAACAGUUUGUCUCCCCCUGGUUCCAACAGACAUAGUCUUGUGUAUGAAGAUCAUAGCUCAGCUGCCAACACUCCAGACACUUCAGACACAUCUGACCACCACAGUCAGUGCUGACCCCCUCGUACGUCUAUACUUGACUCUUGUCAUCUGUUGAAGACAGGCUUGCACUUUAUGGCUGUGUUGUUGUUGUUUCUUCUUGUAUUUGUGCAGGAGUAUUUAUUUCUAAAGGAAAAUAUUUCAAUGAAUGGAAAGAAACCACACCGAUCAUUACAAACAAAAUGAGACUAAGAAUUGGCUUAUACGUGGUCAUCUCCACUGUGAUAGCUGAAACCUUUCAAAGGAGAAUGAACAAAUCAAGACAUGUAUUGGUGUGUUUUUGAUGAAAUGUAAUUUUGGCAUUAAUGUUAACAUUUAUAUGUUAAUUGUGUCUAAUUCAUGAAUAGAUCAUCCUUUACUGUUUCCUAACAAGUCAAUCAGCUUAGAAGGCUUCCAUAGCUUGAACUUGUAUUGGUUAACAAAAAUUAGCUUGAUUACAUUCACAUCAUUGUAACAGCAUUCCUGUAGAUCAGUGUCAACCCUAACUCCUGCGAAGUAACUGAUAUGACCUUUUCAAAAAUACAUUGUGUAAAAUCAAUCCACUGGGAACCACUUUUCUAGUUAAGAGAGGUUAAGCUGUGUUGAAAGUUGUUUGUGCAGGCCAUUCUUGUUCUAUUUGAAUCUUGUAGAUAGUUUUGUGCUUUUCAUUUUGAAGUUCACUUAGUAUUGGGAACUUUGAGCCCAGUUGUACAUGUGUAUUAAAGCUGUGUAUUUAUAGUCUUUUUCUAGAUUCAACCUUUUUUUUUUUAUUUCUCACAAUUUUUUUCUGAAGUCCUCAUUUAGUGUUACAUAGAUGUACAGUGAGUCUGAUCUGCUCAAUAAAUAUCUGGAUUGUGUUCAUAGACAAAAUUUAGUUUAGAGAUGAUUUUGGUUCUUAGGUGUUUCCCAAACAACUUCUCAGUUGAUUGUUCAAGUACUUGGAGUUUGAAUGACUUUGAGUUGCUUGGCUGCUUCUUCCUACACAACCUAAUAAGGUGCAAACAUCUUUGGUUGUUGUCAGUGCCUAGAAAUAAGAUUCCCAUGGCUAGUGAUAUAAAUAUAAAAUUGAAAAUGAAUCUGCACAAAAUUUUUUUUUUCUUAAUGUUACUGUAGCACUGAAUAAAUGGUUCAUACCUAGUAAUUCAAGACAUUUUAAUGGCAGUUUCUCCCUCAUUUUUUUUUAUAGAAUUGGAAUAGAAUAUUGUUAUAGAAAACACAAAAGAUGUUUUUUUUUUUAAUUAAAGGAAGGCCUAUUUAGUGUACAAUAACCAUAUCACAGUUUCAUAUUAGUAAGUUGUUGAAUCUUUGUCAGACGUAGUUGAACAAACAAAAUCAAGCAUAAACAUAGAUUUUGUACUUCACAUGUAUUCAUAGAAUUGUCAUGUAACAUCUUAAUAGAAACAAAUGAAAAGAUUUGGCUGCUUUGUCCAUAUAUUAUGGCCAGUUAAUAUUCUUUUCUUUGGAGUGUCUUGUCUUAACAAUCCUCUUGAGUUUUACUGAAUGAAAUUAGUUUUAUAUUAGGUCUGGCUAGCUGUGUUUGUAAAUCUAUUAAUAGAAAGUGGAAAAUAGUUCUGGCUAGCAGGGUAUGUGAGUGUGGGAAACACCAACAUUGUUAAACUUUGUUUAGUGUUGUAGUCUUGGUCUGUUGAUGUAGUGUUUAUGUAGUGGGCUCAUAGGUCAUGUAGGAAGCUAAAACUGCUGCUGUCUUACUUGAUCUGGUAAGGACAACUUAAUUGAUGUGAUAGUAAUUUGGUUUUUGACCAUUCUGGGCAGUAUUUCUGAAACCAGUGAAUUGUGACUCUGUAUUCUUUUUCUUUCUAUAAACAAUACGCAGUGUUCAUUAUGUUUUUUGAGAAGAGCUUCCUUUAUCUAGGGCUGGAUGGUAAAGUAUGCAGUGAUUCCCUCAUCUAAUCAGCACCCAUUAUUUGUUCUCUUAUUAACAUUUGGGUGAUUGAUGCCAACAUUUUUAUGUUGAAUAAAAAAAAAAAUUGUGCUGGAGGUGGUGUUAUCUUGCCCCAGAUUAUCAUCAGUGCUUUCAACCUGGUUCUGAAUAGGAAUGUUUUUUUUUUCACUAACACAACACAGUGUUUCAAUCAUUCAUGCAUCACAAUGUUUGAUACCUCCAAAGAUUUUGUUUGAUUUCUUUGAGAUAUCAUCCCCCAUGCUGUUCUUCAUGAAUCUGCCUGCCCUAUGCUAAAAGUACAGUACGGUGUACAGUUUAUUCAUACAUUCAACUCUAUAAUGCAACUCUUGAUUAAUUUGAGGCUCUGAAUAAACCACCAGGACUAGCUUGCUCUGUAGUGAGCACAGCAAAUCUAGUUGUCUUGGACACUUGUUCCUCUUGUUGGGGUGAGUUGGCUGACACAUAUCAGUUGUUUCUUAUUACUCAGCUCUUUCACAUGUCCUAGAUGUCAAGCCAUGGACAACAUAGAAACAGUGUGGUAUCUGCUCAGGCCCCCAUCCACAUUCUUUCUAUUGCUACUGCAUGCUGAAUUAACAACAAGUACUCCAAAUAUUAUAUCAUAAUAUAUACAUAUAUAUAUAUAUAAAUACACAUACGUUUGGUUGCAUAUAUUAUAUAGACAGUGCUUCUGCAUUGGUUUAAAAACAUUUUUUUUUAAAUUGAAGGGUAAUAAUGGUUGGUGUGUUGACAUCAUUUUGGUUUUUGUGAAGGGACCAUGUAGAUUUAAAAAAAACACUUGAACAUGUAUUAAAACCCUUAGAUAAGAUUUCUCAGCUCUAUAUCUACACUAAAGUGCACACCUUCAAAUAUUUCUGACCUUCCAUAGCUUGAUUUUAAAAAAUGUUUUUUUUUUUUUUGUUUGAAGGUGUUACAUCCCACUGUUGAGGAUACCCUUCUCAUUAAAUGAUACAUAUUCUCUAUCCCUUGACUAGUGCUCCCAUUUCCCAUGUCAUUGCUUUUCCCUUCUCUUGGCAUUGAUGUGCCCUUCCAUCUUUAGUGUGAACAUGUCUAGCUAAGAACUUCUGUACUAAAAGUCACAUUCGACAUUGUUAAACACACUAUGGUCGCAUGUUUAACACAUUUGGCUCUCCUGUUAGGUCUCCUCUGGUUGUCUUAAGUAUUGGAGUAAGUUAUGAUCACACAAGACCAUCACUACUAAAUAUGUGCAUUUACUGUCUAGUGUAGGGUACCCAGCUUAUCAGUUAAGGCUUAACCAAUGCUAUCCUGUUCACUUCUUCAUGAGUCAGUUGAUAAACCUGAUAUGAAAUAGAAGUUGAUAAGAAGAGCCUAUGAACUUGUAUAUUGUAGGAUGUGUAGCCCCUAUAACCAAACAACCUAUAUAAAUAUUAUAUAUAAUAUACAUAGGACAGUUUUACUAUCUCUUCAUAUUUGCUAUUGGCUGUGCAUUUUUAAACCUCUGUUUUACUUGUGUAUAUAAAAUGUAAUUGGUUUGUUAAUGGAUGUAGAACCUGAGGAGAGUUAGUGGCUUUGAAUGUGGUGAUGGGUGAAUGAAAUAGUUUUUUUGUUCUCUUGGUUGCUAUCAACAUCUCAGAAUGAGUGUAGCACAAACUGAAUGUAUUUGCCAUAGUGUUAUAGGGAUUUGUAUAUUGCACCCCAGCAAUAUAUCUAGGUCCUGUCCUCUAGCAUUGAACAAAUAGAUGUUGUAGUUUUCUAAAUCGAUUGAUGUAUUUUUUUUUUUUUAGUAAGUACUUCUGAAUGUGUUGACUUGAAGACUAAUGGCUAACAUUUUUUUUUUGGCUGUUAUAUUGUGUUACAUUUGAUUGAAAACAAAACAUCAACCAAAAGAACUGAACCAAAUACAAAACCCAUUGUGGAAUAGUGCUGUAUGCAUGUGUCCUAGCCCUCUCCUGAACAUACUUCUCUCUCUCUCUCCUUCUGUCAGGCCUGACUGUGUGGGGGUGUCUGACCAAUGUGUACAUAACUUGUGUCAAGUCUUCUAUUCUAAUACAAUCUUGGCUUCACUUUUUAGUUUUGUGUUUGUUAGCCAGCACUCAUUGGUUAGUCCAUGUAAUACAUGUACACCAGUGGACCACUCUUGAACAAACUCAGCGCUGGACUCAUAUUAAAAAUGUUUGAUCUAAAGGAAA